AACGGAGACUGUCGUAACUUCGGAGUAACAAGACAAUUGAGCGAUAGCAACACAAACAGUAUCGAGUGAGUGAAAAUUAUUAAAAAGGACAAUGAAUUACAUUAUUCCUGAAAGUCUAGAGGAGGUGCUUUCUGGUGAAAUGUGCAGCGAAGAGGAGCAAUCCACUGAUUCGGUUGCAUCAGCUGAUGUAACUUCUCUGGGAUACCAGAACAUUUCAGGGACAGAUCUGAACAUCAAGGAAGAGCCAUCAUUUAUUUCUGAUGAUGUUAUGGAUGAGGCGAAAAAUACUGAAACGUCUGUGAUCACUAGCAAAUCGCAAAGCGUAUACGACAAAACGUACAAAAAUUUUCUAACGUUUUUGAAAGAAAACAAAAUAAAGAUUGUGAAUGAGAAAGUACUGUUGGAAUACUUUUACAUGUUGGGGAGGUCCAUGGCACCAAAAUCGUUAUGGGCUAUAUAUUCUAUGUUAAAAAGGACUCUGCACAUUUAUGAUGGCCAUCAGAUUAAUAAUUACCAAAAGCUCACCAUGUUUUUAUCAGGCAACGAGAAAGCAUCUACUCACGUUCCGAAGCAAGCUCGUCCAUUCACUGUCACGCAAAUUCAGACAUUCAUUGAAGAGGCUCCUGACAUGAUUUACUUGCCACAAAAGGUUACAGCGAUUAUUGGGAUUCAUGGUCUGCGUCGAGCAGCAGAGCUCUACAGCUUGACAUUGGAUAAUAUAGAAGAUCAUAAUACGUGCAUUAUCUUUGUUUUGGAGAGAACGAAAAAUGGUAAGAAUCGGGGAUUUUCACUCACCGGAGAAUACAGCAAUAUUGUCAAGAAAUACUUGUCUUUGAGACCACCAGGAUUCGAGCGGAAAAAUCUGUUUGUAAAAUACAGUAAAGGUCGAUGUCAUCGUCAAGUCAUUGGCAUACAUGCUAUUGCCAAAUUUCCAAAACAGAUCGCCAGCUAUUUGAACCUCGCAAACCCUGAUUCGUUCACCGGACAUUCAUUUCGAUGUACCGGCGCAACCAGCGCAAGCUGAGCCAGGCGUUGACUUCAUGGCUCUCAAAAAACUAGGAGAAUAGAAAUCUUCCUCAACCCCCCAUCGUUGUACCGACAGUACUCAAAAACAUAAGAACAUGGUGUCCACUCAAAUUAGUAAUGCCAUUAGAGGAGUGCCAGUAUUUCCUGCUUCUACAAGCACAAUGAACGCCCAUAAUUUCUCACCCAACGACUUCCCAUAAUCCAGAUUCAAAUAUGAAAAAAGUAACCAUUUUAAUUUCAAUAAUUAUCGGAGGGUCAAUGUCAUUAUCAAAAGGUAAUUGAAGAAAAAGCCCAGAAAAUUACUAUCAAUUUCUUGUAUUACGAUUUCUCGAGAUUCAUCCUCUCUGCGUCAUUAAAAUUCCUUGAGAAAUUAA